GCAUGCGAAAGGAAUCCGAAACUGUCAAUCUGUCACGCGAUAGAAGAUGCCAGCCCGUCACUUGUAACGCCACCUCCUUUACCGGCUGAAGUAACUAAGGAGGCGUCGAAAUGGUCCAGAAACAGCCGAGUAAAGGAUGGAACUCUCGGAAUUGAACGCACAAGUGUUGGAGGAGUCUCGAAAACUAAAGGGUACUCCUGCCGCAGAGGAGGAUACCGCCACUCUUCAAGCAAAGUGUUUGCGAAUGGCUCCCAUUGCGCAAAAGGUCAAUUUGAACUUCGCAACAAUCGGUGUUACGGGAUCCCCUACUAUCCAAUCAAUGAAGAAGGCGGAGUGGGUGUGGGCGUAACGUCUCACAUCCCAUUCGGAUCUUGGGGCGGAGGUAUUCGAUCAUGUCGGAAUGAUUACUGGUCGCAAAAUCAAGAAGUCGGAGCAAAUUGGUAUGAAGGAAAGUACGGUUACAAGAAUGGGUGGUCCGUCCCGUUGGUGCAGUCAUUAGGUAUAGAAGGAGGACAACAUAACGUGGUGUCUGUUCCCCUUGAUCGGCGAAAUAUGGGCAAAAUUAUGGUCGACAACGGAUACGGUGUUGGCCCCUACUACGGUCACAAUGAUCAUGUUGGUAUCGACUGGAAGAAAGGUGACGUUCAACACACUUUUGGUGUGGGCUCUCCGUUUGUCGGUGCUGGCUUCGAUACCGGCCAGGCAGUCUCAUUCCCAAGUAUUGAAACGUUCAUGAGAGCUGGCAGAAAAUAA